GUUUCAGACCAGAUUAUCGGCUUUUUCUCUCUGCUUGCAAUUGUCGUAAAUGCAUUGCAAAGCCACAAACUGUCGUGCUACUGCCCCUGAUUUUCGGUGUUUGAAACCCCCUUUCGGUCUUUUCGUACGGCACUAAAACUGAAGACGAAACAUGCCGGCCAAAGGUCCUCUGCAAUCUGUCCAGGUUUUCGGACGCAAAAAAACAGCCACUGCUGUUGCUCACUGCAAGAGGGGGAAUGGCCUUAUCAAGGUGAAUGGCAGACCCCUUGAGAUGAUUGAGCCAGCCACACUCCAGUACAAGCUGCUGGAGCCAGUGCUGUUGCUGGGCAAGGAGCGUUUUGCUGGAGUUGACAUCCGAGUCCGAGUGAAGGGUGGUGGACAUGUAGCACAGAUCUACGCUAUUCGUCAGUCCAUCUCCAAAGCCCUGGUCGCAUACUACCAGAAAUAUGUGGAUGAGGCCUCCAAGAAGGAGAUCAAGGACAUCCUGAUCCAGUAUGACAGGACCCUGCUGGUUGCUGACCCUCGUCGCUGCGAGUCCAAGAAGUUCGGUGGACCAGGAGCCCGUGCCCGCUACCAGAAGUCUUACCGUUAACCUCUGUACAUUUUCAUGUAAUAAAGUUGAGGGAGAAAAUA